UAAAUUUCCCGGGGACGUUGGGGAAGCCUGCCUGCCUUUCAACCCCGAGGGCCGAGGGGAGGCGCCGUGGGCCACCAGAGGGCACCAACCAAGACGCAGCGAACUACAGCCACAUCAUGGCCGCGGCGCGAGUGCUGCUGCUUCUUUCCGGGCGCCGGGAGUCGGUGAGCUUCGCGCAGAGUGUGUGUGGCCGGUUAGGCGCCGGGGCAGGGCUUGGGCCAUGGCUCACAUACUGUAACUUGCAGCGAGGACAGCUCCUCCUUUCGGACAGGCCAUUCCUGGGCUCCUCGGCCAGGCUUCCGCUUCAGCGACCCCCUUUCUGCCCUUUUGCGGCCCUGAACCAGCAACCCAUGCCUCCGGAAACCAAGCUGCCCAAGAAUCGAGGUGUGGAUCUGGGUGUGGCAAUCAUCCUGCAGUCCAGCGACAAGACUGUCUUGUUGACCCGAAGGACACGCACCCUCAAAGUAUCCCCCAACCUCUGGGUACCCCCAGGUGGGCACGUGGAACUUGAUGAAGAGCUGCUGGACGGAGGGCUUCGAGAGCUUUGUGAGGAGACCAGACUACAGCUGCCCCAGGGCCAGUUCUCUUGGGUCCCUCUGGGGUUAUGGGAGUCUGCCUACCCUCCUAGGCUGAGCUGGGGUCUCCCCAAAUACCAUCACAUCAUUGUCUAUCUACUCGUGGUCUCCCAGGAGUCACAGCAGCAGCUGCAGGCACGGAUCCAACCAAAUCCAAGUGAGGUGAGCGCCUUUAUAUGGCUGGACACAGAUGUAGCAGCUGCAGUGGCUGCCACAGAGGAUGGGACAGAGACACCCAGACAUCUCUCCCAGGACCUACCACCCUCUGUCCUUUGGGAGGAUUAUGACAAUGGAUAUGAAAGUGGGCUAAGCCACAAGGCACAGUCUAGACAGCAGCUAUCAUUAUGUAGUGCGGUGGAACUAGAGGAGGAUGGAAGAGCUCGACCUCUGGCCUUGCCCAUGUCCACACUGCUGCAGACAACCCCAACCACCACAGAAGUCAAAGAAAGGGUCAGCACUGGGACGAAGUUUGCCCUCAGGCUCUGGCUGCAACAUUUGUGCACAUAAGGGUGAAGAAGGGCGGGAGGGCUCCACAGGGUUGGGCUAAAUGUACUAGUGCUUUUGUGGGCACUGGGGGAGGGGGUAAGAAGAAACUAAUGCUCUUGGAAGUCUUCAGUGUGGCACCUCUACCAUGUGAAACUUGAGCUCAUUUGGAUCCUGAGCCUAAAGAGGACUCCUUCCCCACAAACCAGGGAUCUGGAAAGCCAGUGCAUAAUCCCCUCUCCAGUCUACCUGUAUGACACAGAAGAUUCACAACCUUUAUUGUGGCUAAGAACUUUGCUACAACUUUGGGAAUAAAAAGUAAAAUUACAACAGAGGUUCUAGGCCCUGGAGGAGCCUGAAAAAAAA